GGAGCGUUGUUCUCCGUCAGUAGUGUCGCGAUUUCAAACAAAGCACUUGGUUGCGGACGAUAACAAGUCGACGUGUUCUCUGGAAAUAAACUCGACCCCUUCCCCCUCAAAAGUUUUUUUUUUGUUUUUAAUUAAUAGAUUGCUACACACACAAACACACACACACACACACACAUACAGACAUUUGUUUUUGCAUCAGUGACCACAGCUAGUCGUAGAAAUGUGGGCGACCCUUCUCAUCGGUGCAUUUGUUUUGCUUUUAAUCUGGGACUACCUCAACAAAAAGCACCGCAAUGAGGUAUUGACAAGGUCGAAAAUUACUGGAGGUGUCAAUUUGCCCCUGGUAGGCAGGGCGUUGCACAUGAUCGGCGCCACUUCGGAAAAUUCCAUCGAUCGCAUACGACAAUUUUCUCGGGAAAAUGGAAAAAUCUUCUACACUUGGAUACUGCACGAACUGGUGAUUUUUUGCGCCGAUCCAAAAAUAUUGGAUACCCUGCUGAGCAGUCCCGUCAACAUAACGAAGAACAAUGUCUACGACAUGUUGUCCCUGUGGCUGGGCGACGGUCUUCUCAUGAGCACGGGCAAGAAAUGGCACACGCGACGUAAAAUCAUCACGCCCAGUUUCCAUUUCAAAAUCCUGGAGGAGUUUGUGGAGAUAUUUGAUCGUCAAACCAAUGUCAUGGUCGAGAAAUUGAGAGAGAAGGCCGGAGAUCCGAAUACACCAUUGGAUAUGUUUCCUUUCGUUUGCUUAACAGCCUUGGACAUCAUUGUAGAGACCGCGAUGGGGGUCCAAGUCGAUGCCCAGCUAAAUCCCGAUAUCGGCUAUGUGAAUUCCGUUAAAAUUGUGACAAAAAUAAUCUCUGACCGCUUGAGGAAACCAUUGUGGCGCACCGAUAGCCUCUUCAAGAUCUUUGCCCCCUCCAUUUAUCGCAGAAUGAUGAAGCACAUCAAUGAAAUGCAGAGCUUCACCAAAAAUGUGAUUGAGAAACGGCGAGAAGCUCUGGAGGACAUAAUUAGUGUGGACCAGCCACCAUCCGAUGAGGAAGAAACCUUCACCAAGGGAAGUAAACAGCACAUGGCAUUGCUGGACAUAUUACUUCGGGCUACGGUCGAGGGUAGGCCUCUUAGCAACGAAGACAUUCGAGAGGAGGUGGAGACAUUUAUGUUUGAGGGUCAUGACACCACCACCAGUGGCACGUCGUUUGCACUGUAUCUUAUAUCCCGUCACCCCGAAGUGCAGAGCAAACUUCUGGAAGAGAUCGCAGAUGUAAUUGGGACAGAUGCGAACACUGCUCCCACAUACCGCCAACUGCAGGAUCUGCGUUACAUGGAGUGUGUCAUAAAGGAAUCCAUGCGUCUGUAUCCGCCAGUGCCAAUCAUCGGCAGAUAUUUUGCAGAGGAUACCGAUUUGAAUGGUGUUGUUAUUCCCGGCAACUGUCAUUUCAAUAUUCCACUAUUUGUAGUUCUGCGAGAUCCUGACUAUUUCCAAGACGCCAAUGAAUUUAGACCGGAGCGUUUCUUUGCCGAAAACGCCGAAGAUAUCUACCCCUUUGCCUAUACUCCGUUUAGUGCCGGGCCACGUAACUGUAUUGGGCAAAAGUAUGCCAUGCUGGAGAUGAAAAGUGUCAUAAGUAAAAUAUUGCGACACUUUGAACUCCUCCCGAUUGGGCCAGACGUAAUACCGUCGCUGAGUUUAAUUCUACGUUCGACGACCGGUACUCAGAUGGGUCUCAGAGCAAGAAACGCAUUUCAAUAAAGCAUUUGUUUUUAAAUUUUUACA